CAGCAGCAACAGCAGCAACAGCAGCAGCAGCAGCAGCAGUUCUUGCACCAGCCGCCGGGCGCCGUGUCGGCCUCUGAAACAGUACGAGGCCCCCCAAGCAAUCAGCAACAGCAGCACGGGCAGCAACAGCAGCAGCAGCAGCAGCAGCAGGGAGGGCGUUUGCUGUCGGUAGUGCGGGUGCGUCGUUUUGCGCAUGCAGCAGCAAUUGCAAAGGGCCAAAUAAAUUUAUUUGUCCCCUUUUUGGAAGCAGCAAUGGGGGCCCUUGAGUGCUGUUUGCUGCAGCCCUCGGGCCCCGCCCCGCCGCUGUCUUUGCUGCAGCAGCAGCAGCUGCUGCAGCAGCUGCGGGCCCACCAGCAGCUGCUGCAGGACCCGCUGCUGGUUGCUGCAGUCUUGAUGGCCAUGGGGGAAGUGCUGCGGGCGGGGGGCCCCGGGGCCCCCGGGGGCCCCUCCCGCUGCUGCUGCAGCAAAGCAGCAAAAGUUUAUUUGCAUUUCAAAUCUCACAAAGACAGAAAUGUCCGAAGGGGGGCCCUUUGUGUCCUCGGGGGUUUGGGGGCCCUUGUCUCUUGGGGCCUUCUAUCCUCUUGGCUGCAGGAGACGGAGGCCCCCCCGGGUUUGGGGGCCCUUGUCCCAGGGGGGCCCCCCGGGGGCCCCCUGGGGGGCCCCGCGGAGGCCCCCGCUUUGAACAGCUUCGCGCUGCCGAAGUUCACAGAGGCGACCCGCCAGCAGCAGCAGCAGCAGCAGCAGCAGCAGGUGGUGACGGAGAAAGGAGGGUUUGAAGGCAUUGUUGAGUCUUUAGCAGCAACUGCAAGAGAAGACCCCGAUGAGGCCUCUAGGCAAUUGGCAGCAGCAAUAUUAAGGGACUGGAGAGCCAACACAAAUGAAGAAAUGGGGGCCCUUGGGGGGCCCCCCUGA